GAAAACAAAAGCAUGUUUUCCACUUGUCCUUUCAUUCUAUUCGUACCAAUUGGCUAAAACAAAAGAUAUUAUAACAACCACAACGUAUGAUUCGAUGGGCAAGUAAACGUGUAAAACCCAGUAUAUAUUCAUUCCCUGUUACCUUUUUUCCUAGAUUUUGUCGUGGGGCAUGUAACCUGUUCGAUGAAAUGCCUCAAAGAACACAAAGUUAUGAAACUAUUGGUUUUUUUGAUGUUCUUGAUCUUGUUGAGCACUGUAAAGUAAGACCUGAUGUUAGAAAUGUUAUAAAGGUUCAUGCUUUAGCAUUUAAGGUUGGUGUUCUUGCUCACUUGCCCACUUCGACAUCUCUCGUUAUGGCUUAUGCUCGAUCGGGAGAGUAUCGUUGUUCUGUGGAUGUUUUUGAUGAGAUGUCUUGUAAAGAUGUUGUAGUUUGGAAUGCGAUGAUGACGGUUAUGGUUGAAAAUGGGCGGUUUAACGAUGCUAUAAGUUUAUUUGUUGAAAUGUUCAGGGAUGGGACUAAGUUUGAUUCUGUAACUCUUGUGAUUGUGAUUUCUGUUAUGUCAGCAUUGAGGAAUAGAUUGGUUUAUUUGCAGGCCGUUCAUAGUAUAGGUGUUAGGAAAGGUUUGCUUUCGGACUGUGAUUUGUGUAAUGCUCUAAUCAAUGCGUACGCUAAAUAUGGUGACUUGGGCUCCUCGGAAAUUAUGUUUCUUGAAACACAAGUGAAAGACAAGAUUUCGUGGAAUUCUAUGAUCAGGGGUUGUUUAAGCAAUGACCAUCCUGAGAAAUCUUUAUGGUAUUUCAAGAAAAUGGUUUUUUGUGGAUCACAAAUUGAUAACGUUGGUUUAUCAUGUGCCAUUGCAGCAGCGACUUGUUUGCAAUAUUUGGGCGCUGGUAGGGCUGUUCAUGGGUUGGGCAUAAAAGUUGGGUACAAUGAGAACCUUCAUGUUUCUGUACUAAAUUCUCUUGUUUCGUUGUACUCAAAGUGUGGAGAUAUUGGAAGUGCAGAAAUUAUGUUUAGAGGAAUUUAUGCCAAAGAUUUGGUUUCUUGGAACACAAUGAUUAAUGGUCUUGCUUCAAAUGGAAUGAUUUUUGAGGCCUUUUGUCAUUUAAGGGAAAUGCAACUUGGAGGAGCAGUUCAGCCAGAUACAGUGACAUUGCUUGCUGUUCUUUCAUUAUGUGCAGAAUCAGUGCUUUUAAUAGAAGGAAAAACCAUUCAUGCAUUCAUUAUAAGAAGAUUACAAGGAUUAAACAUUGUAGCGAUGAACAGUCUUAUGAAUAUGUAUUCUAAAUGCAACCAGAUGGAAAAAGCCGAGAAUUUAUUCAUGUCUAUGAAAAAUAAAGAUUUGGUUUCUUGGAACACAAUGAUAUCUGGAUAUGCCCAAAAUGGGAAUUCGAGGUUUGCUCAACUGCUAUUUAAGAAACUGAUACAUGAGUGUUUGGAAUGCACUCUGUCAACUGUUCUAGCUGUUCUUUGUUCAUGUGAUUCACCAAAUUUUCUCAAAUUUGGGGAAUCGUUACACAGUUGGCAACUGAAAUUAGGGUUCUCAAACAAUAUUCUCGCUGUUAAUGCCCUAAUUUGCAUGUACACGAAUUGUGGAGACUUGAAAACUUCUUAUGCAUUGUUACAAAGUGUUUCCACAAUUGCUGACACCGCUUGUUGGAAUGCCAUGAUUGCAGGUUGUACACAAAAUGGGUAUUUUUCAGAAGCUUUAGAAACUUUUAAGUUCAUGAGAAGGGAAGCAAACGCGAAACAUGAUUUUGCUACACUCGUAAAUGUAAUAUCAGCUUGUGGAAACCUUGAAUUAGCCUUUCAUGGGAAACUGGUUCAUGGGUUUGCUCAUAAGACUUUGGUUGAUGGAGAUGUUCGUGUAAAGAAUGCAUUAAUCACAAUGUAUGGCCGAGUUGGGGAUGUUGACUGUGCGAAGUUGGUGUUUGACUCGUGUUCCAAACAUAAUCUUUGUUCAUGGAAUUGCAUCAUUUCCGCCCUUACUCAAAACAAGAAAGGUAAAACCGCAUUACAGUUAUUCAAACAUCUUGAAUUUGAACCUGAUGAGAUCACACAUGCCACAAUUUUGUCAGCAUGUACCCAACUGGGAACUAUUAGGCAUGGAAAAGAAAUCCAUGGACAUGUUCUAAGAUCCAACUUUCACAAAAAUUGUUUCAUAGUCGCCGCUCUUAUCGACAUGUAUAGCAACUGUGGAAGAUUAAACAAAUCUAUCCAAAUUUUCAACUCUUUGCCAGAAAAAAACAUUGCCAGCUGGAACUCGAUGAUUUCUGCAUAUGGGUUUCACAGCCAAGGUCACAAUGCCAUCAAAAUAUUCAACAAAAUGACAAAAUCUGGGGAGAAGCCGACAAAAACCACUUUUAUAAACUUAUUAUCAGCUUGUGCUCAUUCAGGUUUAGUGAACGAGGGUUUAAGUUUCUACAAUUGUAUGUUUGAUGAAUAUAGUGUGGAGCCUGAAACCGAGCAUCAUGUUUGUGUGGUGGAUAUGUUGGGUCGAUGUGGGAGGUUAAGUGAAGCUUAUGAGUUUAUACAGCGGGUGGUAGCGAAACCUGAUCAUGGUGUUUGGGGCGCAAUGUUAAGUUCAUGUAAUUAUCAUGAAGACGUUGAGAUGGGGAAGAAAGUGGGAGAAAUUCUGUUUGGUUUGGAACCUAAAAAUGCAGGGUACUACGUUUCUUUAGCGAACACAUACGUUGCUGCUGGAAGUUGGAAUGAUGCAGUAAAGUUGAGAGACUUUGUGGAGAAUGUAAGGUUAAAGAAGCCAGCAGCUUACAGUCAAGUUGAUGUUGGUUUACACUGAUGUACUGUAAUCACAAAAUGUGUAGAAAGUAGCUUCUGUUAUAGACCAAAGUAAGAUACUUGACCAAAAUAUCAUACCUCAUCAUUUAUCACAAUCCAAUACAAUUUUAUUUAUUGCCCGUUGUA